AUGAGUCGGUACAGUGGUAAUUUUGGUCCAUCCUCCAACUCAACGACAAAGUCUCCCGAUUCUUUCCAAUGCACCACCGUCAAAUCUGAAAAGCAAGACGAUCGAGCGUCGCAGUCGGAUUCAGAGGAUGGAAGCUAUGCACUGUAUGGUGACGCGCACAAACUGGAGGACCUCGAAGAUGAGUCGAACACCGCGUUGACUUCACAAACUCUGAAUGCCGACGGGACGCCUAAGCGCCCUAUGAACGCCUUUAUGAUCUUCGCCCGUCGGAGGCGACCACAAGUAUCAGCAGAAAAUCAGGCGAUGAGAACAGGAGAAAUCAGUAAGAUUCUGAGUAAGGAAUGGGUCUCAAUGCCUCCGUCUGACAAGCAAUUUUAUUUGGAGCAAGCUAAGCAGUUGAAGGAGACUUUCAACACUCGUUAUCCUGACUAUGUCUAUCGGCGCCGGCCUAACAAUUCCAGGAAGCGUCGACGCUCAGAUGCUGGUGGGUCUGUACGACCACCUGACCAGGCACAUGGCGACCAAGAUGACAUGGCGGGCAGUGUCGAUCUCGAAGCAUCACCUACCGACGUUGAUGAUCACCUUGACGUGUCGUUACCGUCGCCGUACUCUCGACCGUCGUACAUUUCUCCGUCUUCAGUUGACCCGUCUAAGUACGGGAGUCACUCUCGUGGUCUUGGACACCAGAUUUCCUCAGAGUCCCUCUUUCGUUCCAAUGGACAAUAUUCCUCAUCAUUACCCCCAGCAGAACGCAUGGGGUCUUCCCUCGGUUCUACCGGUUCUCCUCGUCUAUCAAUAGGCCACGGUGGAAUGGCCUAUCCCUACGGCCAAACUGCUGGCCACAACCCGACCCCGCCCCACUUCGGCGGUCAGUCGUUAAAUUCACCCACAGGUUGGCACCCCAGAGUGGAUCGCUCCAACCCAUCAUGGAUGGGCGGGGGGCCAGACCGUCUUCCCAACCCAAUAUCAACACAGAAACCAUACUCCAGUUCGUGGAGCGGCUCAGCUGAACUUCCAAAUACUCCAUCUAGUGCCUCCCCCUCUUCUGCCAAUUACUUCCCUACAUUAAACACCCCGUUCUACCCGAAUCAACCACACAUUUCACCGUUCCAGUCUAACGCUUCUACUUCUCCUAACACUCUUCAACCACAAAAUCCUACGUUUGAUUCGCUUGGUCAUAUUCAGGGCAAUCCAAUGGCGAGAGACUAUAAUUCACGAAACUACGAUCCUUCAUCUAUCUCGCCGCUAUCCUACCCCGCUUCGGGGAAUCGUGACCCCCUGCCGUAUUCUCAACGGCACCUUCCACCAGUUCAGACUGGGUCGAUAUACCCCGAACAAUCAUUGUCAUCUGGACAAGGUCAACAAUCGCCUUUCUGGCCAAGGGAUUGA